CGUGUUAACUUCGUGUUAUCACAGAAACACGGUCAAGGCUUGGGUAUCUGAUAAUACGUGUAUUUAUAUAUACGAUUUUCAAGACAAUUUGUAGUUGAUCCUGGAGGCGCUUGAACAUACACUAACAUGGCGACAACUGCAACGAUCCUCCUCCUCGUCUCCCUCAUCGGCGGCGCCCUCUCACAGCGUCCCAAUAUUGUAUUCAUCGUCGCGGAUGACCUAGGCUGGAAUGAUGUUGGCUUUCGGAACAACGAAAUGUUGACCCCUAAUAUGGACAAAAUGGCGCAAGAUGGUGUGAUACUGGACAGACAUUACGUACAGCCGCUGUGCAGUCCAUCCCGGAGUGCAUUUAUGUCUGGUGUCUUUCCCUUCAAAUCUGGCCUUCAGCAUGACGUCAUACAAGCGCGCCAGUCCGUGUGCCUCCCCCUCAACUACACCAUCAUACCACAGGAGCUGAAGAAGUUAGGAUACGCCACACACAUGGUGGGCAAGUGGCACCUGGGUUUCUGUGAGUGGGAGUGCACGCCGACGUUCCGGGGAUUCGACACUUUCUUCGGCUACUAUAAUUCAAUGGAAGACUAUUAUUUGCACAACAUGUCCGGGUUUUUAGACUUCAGGAACAAUAAAGAUGCGGAAUGGGACUACCAAGGGCAGUACUCAGCGUGGGUGUUCACACAGAAGAUCGUUGACGUCAUCAACACCCAUGACAAGAACCAGCCACUGUUCCUGUAUCUGCCCUUCCAGAACGUCCACUUUCCCACAGAGGUGCCUAAGGUAUAUGAAGACAAGUUUCCAAAUGUCGUGAACAGCGGAAGGCGUAUAUAUGACGGGAUGGUGAAUGCCCUUGAUGAAGCUAUAGGGAACGUGACUGACGCCUUGAAGGAGAGAGGGCUGUAUGACAACACCCUGUUCCUGCUCACAGCUGAUAACGGAGGGGAGAUAUUCAGUCACGGCAACAACUGGCCCCUGAGAGGAGGCAAGCACUCUCUGUGGGAGGGGGGUACGAGGGUGACGGCGUUCAUGUCGGGGGCGGGACUCCAGAAGACGGGCUACACGUAUGAUGGGAUGAUCCACGCUGUAGACUGGCUACCGACUUUAGUUUCCGCUGCAGGAGGGACGCCGGUGACCGACAGAGACGGGAUAGAUCAGUGGGACUCCAUCCGGAAUGGCCUCCCGUCUAAGAGAACCGAGUUCAUCUACAAUCUGGACUACCUUGUCAUACCGAAAGAAGGCCAGGCCGGCAUAAGAAUGGGCGAUUACAAACUGCUGAUGGGUUACCCCGGAAGUCAAGAUGGCUGGCACCGUCCUAUGAACAAGACUGAGGAUGACAUUUACGAGGAAACUAUAUAUGAUCUUAACCCAGAUAAACUACAACUGUUUGAUGUGAUGGCGGACCCCACAGAGAGAAAUGACCUGUCCGAGGACUUACCAGACGUUGUUGCCAAGCUGAAGACUCGCCUUCUGGAAUACAGGAGUCAGAUGGUCCCUCCCAACUACCCCGACACUAACCCUAACAGCGACCCCACAAAGUAUGGCAACGCGUGGACGCCUGGCUGGUGCAAACUCUAACACGCAUGACGUCACCCGAUAGAUGUCACGUUGGAAAAUCAGAAGCGGGUCUGAAGUUAAACCCUAAAAAGGUUGCUAAAAGCAUGGAUAUCAUACGUUUACUGAAGUUAUUAUUAAUUUCGCCUUCGGAACUAUCUUUGCACGCAACCAUAUAAAUUCAGCGCGUUGUCCAACUUGGUGAGUUUCAGGAUAAGUCCUGGUAUGUGGAAUGUUUAUUAUGUUGAUACUCUCAAUGCCAACUGCUUCUCUCUGGUAAACUCGGUAUUACGGUGUAUGUAAAUAUAAAUAUAUAUACGUACAAUUGU